CGACCCCCCCAGAAGUUGUCAUUCUACCGUAAAGGCCUCGUGUACCUCGGUCCCGCGGGUUCCCUCUGCCCGGGGGGGUUGGUGUGGUUGAAUGCGCCGAUGGAAGUUACUUGAGCCUGAAAUGAUUGAUUAUACUAAUGGUCACUGCAUAACUCUGAAGGGUGACAGAUGCUACUUGGAAUCUUCUCCCAGUGCCUGGAGCCACAAGCAAAAACCAACCUCUAUCAAUAUCAAGUUACAGAAUCAGAAUUGGGCAAGGCUAGGAUUCCCAACCAGCCUGAUACCGCCGGGAUUUACAAACGCAUCACCAUUCCAAUGGAGCUGGGUUACAGUGCCUGUGCUCGCCGUGGAAGCGGAGGGAUCCGCUUAUUACCCGGUGUACAGCACCGAUUCACGCAUCAAGGCGGGCGGCCCGGCUGCAGGCGGGGCAGGGCGCAGCUCCGCCUUCCCGCCGCGUCCUCCUCCUCCUUCUCCUCCUCCUUCUCCUCCUCUCCCGACAUGGCGAACCCCGCGGAGCUCAGCGGGCUCACGGACGAGGCAGCCUACGGCGCCUGCUCGGAGCCGGAUGCCAGCACGAAGGAUUUUAUGUUUCAGCAGACGAUGUUAAGAGUAAAAGAUCCUAAGAAGUCAUUGGAUUUUUAUACAAGGGUUCUUGGAAUGACACUGCUUCAAAAAUUUGACUUUCCUACUAUGAAGUUCUCACUGUAUUUCCUGGGCUAUGAAGAUAAAAAUGAUAUCCCAAAAGAUAAAACGGAGAGAACACCUUGGACCUUUUCUAGAAAAGCUACACUUGAACUGACACACAAUUGGGGCACUGAAAAUGAUGAAAAUCAGUCUUAUCACAAUGGCAAUUCAGAUCCCAGAGGAUUUGGACACAUUGGAAUUGCUGUUCCUGAUGUCUAUAAAGCCUGUAAGAGGUUUGAAGAACUAGGAGUGAAAUUUGUAAAGAAACCAGAUGAUGGUAAAAUGAAAGGACUUGCGUUUGUUCAGGAUCCUGAUGGCUACUGGAUUGAAAUUUUGAAUCCUAACCACAUGGUGACUCUCACUUAAAUCUAAUGAAGUAUAGUAUAUAAGAGAUGCCCACUUGCAGUCCCCUGGCAAAAAUCCGUAACAGUGUUGGUGAAAUUCUUGUUUACUAGGAUUCAGUCGUGUUCAAAGUCUCCUGUAAAACUAUCCCCCGGGACUUGACUGUACUUGGAUUCUUUUUUUUCUUGUCCUGUGAUGCCACCACAAUUUGUUUUCAUUUAGGAAUACUGAAACAUUUUCUGGAAGAGCAAUUACUUACACAGAUUCUCCUCUUGAACACUGAUUAUGUUUAUAUUUCACUAAACACUGUCAAAAGAUAUGCUGACCAGAAACUCACUGCAUCCCAUGCUGCUUAGAUUUAAACUAACAACAAAAAGUCCUGUGUUACUACUGAUGAGCUUCAGCAAGGAAGAAAAAAAGAAUAUUUUUGAAGUAAAAAGGUCCUGAAGACUUCACGUCCUAUCUUGUAUACUAGAAAAUAAAUUGUCAGACUAACUUUGACAUGAGUAGUGGCAUGUUUAUCAAAGUCCUAAUCGUAUUUAUAUUAUGCCAGGCAAACCUCUUUAAGGAGCAGCCUUAAACAGUCUUGAAACAAGAAACUUUGUUGAGGCAAUAAAUCAGUGCAGCAGAAAGAAUUCAGUCUUCCAGCUCCCGACUGCUGAUUUACAGCCAAGAUAAGAGGUCUCAUAGCUGCGAACUCACAGUAAGCCUUCUUGUCUCUUUCAACACUACAAAGAACUUGGUCAUAAUUUUUCUUUCAAUACAAGGCUGGGGCUGUAUUUAACUUCAAUGCUCUGUACAUUCUGCAUUGGGAAAUUAAUAAAAAUAGUAUCUGAAACAACA